GCAUUCGGCACCCAGCAUUCUCAUUCCAAGGUAUCUAGUACAUUCGAUAACUCCGCCAUCGUCAUGCGCAGACACUGAGCUGUAUCGAUCAAGCUCACACCUAGCAUCAAAGUGGCCACUCUUGCUCGGCAGUCUCUGUAGGCGGCGGUCAAAUAGACAGGCGCUGGCGCCUUGGAACAAGGGUAGAAAGAAAGCUGGCAGCGAAAAGUAGAACAAUGCGCAAUAGCACCACCACUGCCACUGCUGCUGCCCCUUCUUCACUGUCACCUUCGUUAACCAAGGCAGCUAUUGCUGCUAGCACUGCGAUGCCGACUCCAUCGUCAGCAAAGUCGGCUGGUAUAUCAGCAGCCGCGCAUAAUGUCGUUAGCGGAUUUGACGUUGCACAAGCAAAUGCGUGGCUAGAGCAACGGUGGCAGGCUGCUCAAAAGACAGCAGGUGUGUCGCGUGUCCAUGCCUUAUGGCAUGCCCUUCCUAAGCAGGCCGGGGAGAGAGAGAUGGUCUGUGCAGACUUAGGACUGACGAUAGAAACCAUCUUACUCCUCUUCGUUUCGCCCGUAUUUCAACUGCGCCCAUUAAUUUCAAUAUUGGCGAGCAGUCACUCAUCAAUCGAAAGCUCCAAGUGGCGGUCCAGGGAGUGGAACAUCAUGGACAUCUGGAAAGAGUGUGUUUCCGGGUCUAGGCGUGUCUUCCAGCGUAGGGUCGACGUUCGCAAAGCCCCGCUGACCUUUCCUCCCUCUCACUACCAUCUCUGCGCAAAGUGUCCUCCAAUGACACAUUUGUGAACAAGCUCUGGCGAGCGGUAGAAGUAUCCCAGCCACGACAACGACCAUCAUGACCACUAUAUUCAUCACCACUUGUGGACAUGACACCUUAAACAGGAAGCGUGCAUCCCAGAAUUCCCUACCGUCUUUCUCUGUUACAUGCAUCACCAUCUUACC